AUGAUGAGACAGCUGCUUGGGAGCUUGUAUCAGUCAGAAAAAUGGGUCACGCUGCAUAACAAACAAACCCCUGGAUCUCCUAAUGCAACGAAAGCUGAUCUCUUAUGCAAGUGCAGGCUGGCUGGCUCACAGAGUGGCUCUCUUCCCAAGGAUGAGCAGGGGUCCUGGCCGUUUCCCCUGUGGGCCCGCCAGGGAGUUGUCAGGUUUCAAGGCUGCCACCAUGAGGAAGUGAGGGCGGGUGGGGUGCUUUUAAGACCAUAUUCCGAUGCCAAAAUCAGAGGUUCGGAACCACUUCAAGAAGGACAAGCUUUCACAUUUGAUUAA